CGCACACACUCACACAUGCACACACACACAUGCACACACAUGCACACACAAACACACUGUGUCUUUGAAAACGUCGCCGGUGAGAAGGAGGAAAACUUGGCUGCAGAAUUUAGGGAAGCGUCUUCACACUGAUAUAAAAACAGAUAGAGAGAGGGGGGAGGCUAUAACCUGGACGUCUUGAAUGUGGCCUGUGGAACCGCUGCUGACAUCGUGACAACACCAGCUCUGUGUGUCUGUGGAGCUGUGCAAGUCCUGAUUGUGUAAUAUCUUUUUUUCCUCUCGUCUUCCCGCAAAGCGAACAAACCUGCAGCCGAGAGCGCACGGAUAGAAAGGAGCAGGAGAAGAAGAAGAAGAAGAGGAGGAGGAGGAAGAGGAGGAGGAGGAGAGGAAAACGGGAGGAUUGCAACGUUCACCAGAAUUUAUUUUGUGUCCUAUUACAUGGCGCAAGGGCUAAACAAACGGGACCGUCCUGGGUGUGAAACUGCCACGGUGAAUUUGGAUAUUCAAGCAUCAGCAGCAGCAGCAGCAUCCUCCUCCAUCCACGGAGGAAGAGGGAGACGCAUCCUCGGCUGCGGCGUCGCACACACCGACUCCUCGUCCCUCUCCUGCCGGCUUUAUGUCGAGUGAUGGUCGGCUUGCCUUGCUGGAUGCUCCCCGCUCUUUCCAGAUCGUCGACGACCGAACCUCCUCUGACCGCAGACCCCCAUUUUCGGCGGAAACCUACCCAGAGCGAUAGGGCUACAUAUGGAAACUGGGGACCAAAAUUUUAGGAAAAAGGAAAAUCUAAGCGGUUGAUUUCAUUUAUUAUUAGAAUAAUUCUUUUCAGGUUUCUCUUGUUUCUGUGUGAGCUCAUUUCUUUUAAAGCCUGCUGAUUAAUGAGUCUAUUGGUUGAGCCGAUAUUUCCUCAUGCCAUUGGGUUGAUUUGUGAGCAGCCAGCCGAAUAUCGUCCUCACAGUAGGUCGUUAUAAAACCGCUUUUAUUUCGUCUCGUCAGGACUCGGAUCCGUCCAUUUGUUUAUGUUCCCUCUAAUAUGAGGUUUCCCUGCUGUCCUUCGUUUCCCUUCCCAGUUUAUUAUCACCUCUCUGCUUUUCCUCUAUUUUGACUAAAGUAAAACAUUAGAAAUAUAACAUUAAUAGCUAAUAAGAGUCUUUAGGAUGACACAUCUCUAAUUCUUAUUUCUUACUGGCCUCUAACUUAAGUAACUGUAACUCAUUGUAAGAGACAUAUUGAACUGUUGUACUGUAAGCCUGCCAUUACUCUAACAACAUCUCUUUGGUCCAUUAGAUCUCAUGUUAAUUCAGCUGUAACCUCAACAAGUCAAGAAACAGGUUGUUUUUGUUGUGUUUUCCCCACUUUGGCUAAUCUCACCUGCACCGCCUCAGACAUCUUUAAUCCUGCACAGCUCAUGUUUGCAGAGUGGCUGUUGUGUGGGUUGAAUCUGCAGCUGCAGGCCUGCUGAGGUGCUGCCUGAUCUCUCAUCUUUAUUUGUGAGGGUCUUAAAGUAAGAACAAACAGAGAGGAGAGACACAACUGCGUCUUCCUCUCUUCCCUCCCCUCUUAACAAAAAACCCAGAAUCUUUUUCUCUUGUUUUGGUCCUCACCCAAACGCAACCAUAAGGUUCCUACCGCAUCCUCCUCCUCCUUCUUCCCUCUCCUUCCGCUCGAGUAUAUCCCGUUUUUUCGGUUUGGUGUGGUCCCGCAAAUUUUCAAAUAUUUACUUCCUGUACAUCAAGAGGAAAGGGGGUCCCCCUUUCAUGGAAUGCGGAAACAUGGGUCUGUUCGACCGCGGAGUCCAGAUGCUGCUGACCACGGUGGGAGCAUUCGCGGCCUUCAGCCUCAUGACCAUCGCAGUCGGCACGGACUAUUGGCUCUACUCCCGCGGUGUCUGCAGGUCCAAGUCCAUGAGCGAGAACGAGACCAGCAAGAAGAACGAGGAGGUGAUGACCCACUCUGGCCUGUGGAGAACGUGCUGCUUAGAAGGAAACUUCAAGGGGAUGUGUAAACAGAUAGACCACUUUCCAGAGGAAACAGAUUACGAAGCGGACCCGUCUGAGUACUUCUUACGUGCCGUGCGAGCCUCCAGCAUCUUCCCCAUCCUCAGUGUCAUCCUGCUCUUCAUGGGAGGCCUGUGUAUAGCUGCCAGUGAGUUCUACAAGUCACGCCACAACAUCAUCCUCAGCGCAGGGAUCUUCUUUGUGUCUGCAGGUCUGAGCAACAUCAUCGGGAUCAUCGUGUACAUAUCAGCCAACUCGGGGGACCCUUCAAAAAGUGACUCGAAGAAGAACAGCUAUUCUUACGGCUGGUCCUUCUACUUCGGUGCCCUCUCCUUCAUCAUGGCUGAGAUGGUUGGCGUCUUGGCCGUGCACAUGUUCAUCGACCGCCAUCGACAGCUCCGAAUAGGGGCGCGCGCAGCCGACUACCUCCAAGGCUCAGCCAUAACGCGGAUCCCCAGCUAUCGCUACCGCUACAGACGUCGCUCGCGCUCCUCCUCCCGCUCCACAGACCCAUCACACUCCCGCGACAACUCGCCUGUGGGUCUCAAGGGCUUUAGCGCGCUGCCAUCCACGGAGAUCUCCAUGUACACGCUGCCCCGGGACACUCUCAAGUCCUCUGGCACGCCCACCGCUACCUACAACUCUGAGAGGGACCACAACUUCCUGCAGGUCCACAACUGCAUCCAGAAGGACCUGAAAGACUCGAGCCACACCAACACAGCGAACCGCCGCACCACGCCGGUAUGAGUAAGUCGACACAGGCCAGGCCAGGCCGGCCCGGCAGAGAGCGGAGACCAGGAGACACGGGAACCCCUGUGGGUGCAGUACGCCCCUGGAGAAGACGGAUUUCCAUGUUUAUAGACAUUUGUUCUUUUUGUUCAGGUGCAUGACUUUUCCAUUAGCAUUGUUGAGAGUUUCAACAGGUCUGCUGAGUUCCUGGGUUGAAUGGCAGAAGCGUGAGUGUGGGUCAGGUUCGUACCGAGAGAGCGAGUUAUGUAAUUUUUCUGCGCAGGGUGCGUUCAUGAGGUUUGGGGCACUGAAAGCGAGCGAGGGGAGGGGGCUUUUAUGAGAUAAAGAGAUGAUUUCAUGAUUUCAUUGCCCUUUGGUUUGGCAGUUUUGCUCCACAGUUUGUUUGGAGCAACAGGUCAAGCUCCCCCUAAGCCAGCCCACCACCUCUUUUGUUUAUUAACUCAUUUGUUCAUUUUUUGCAUUAAAACUGUGAAUUGUUACAGUUUGGGAUUCAGUACGAAUUAGCCCAAUCUGCAAUCUCUAACAAAGGUACUAUAUAUAUAUAUAUGUAUUACUUUUUAUAAAUAAAUUAUUAUGUUAUUAAUCAAGAGUUACAGACUUUACCGAAGCAAAAAAGGAAAAAAAAAAAGUUAUAACUAAACCAAGUGCUGUUGAUAACACGAGAAAAGACUCUUUUAGUAUCUGUUCAUUUGAAGGUUGAAAACCAGCGAAGGGCCUUUUGGUAGCAGCAGUACACAGCGACUGAUGCCACCAGAGGCAGACGCAGACAGUGAAUGGUAGAAUAAUAUCUUUUCUUUUAACAGAACCUUCUCGUCUUUUUCUCAGUCCCUGUUCGCUUUCUUUUUCAGAGGGGUCGUAAUGGGAGUAUUGAACCCCUUAACAGAAAGAGCCAACAACAAAAGGGGUUAAAGUUCACAAAGCAAAGACUCCAAAUACGACUUCAGCAGAAUAAAAAGGAAGGAGCAGAGGGGAAGGAAAAGAAGAGGACGUCAAACAAAAAUAAAAACAAGUUAAAUAUGAAAUAGUACAAGAAAAGCGAAGUGACUCACAAGUUCAGAAAUUAAAUGCAUGCUAUAAAAUUACAGCAAAUCUGCUCUUGAGAAACUUAAGUUUUAAAGGUUAAUAAUUAUAAGGGGAAAAAAGCAAAAACGCUAAAG